AGUACUUAUGAACAUUUUCCUCGUUGAAAAGAUCCCAUUUUCAUUCAAAUUUCUUGAGUAUGUUUCACUAAAUUCCCCAAUCAAUCUUUUAAAGCACAAAGGAAGAAGAAAAUUCAAAUCUUCCAAUUGUUUAAGACUCAUUGGUGACUAAUUGGCUGAAGACAUUAUAUCAUAUUCUUCAUCAAAGGUGGUAUCUCUUUGAGAUUUCAACGAUUGUAUAUUAGUGCAUUAGUUAUUCAUGCUUUGGAGCAUUUUGCGGGGCUUGGUUUGUAGUUUUCUGUGAAGUUAAAAAAAGGUUUCAUAUUUGUCAAGUGCUAACACUUAUCAUUCUCAUAAAGAUCCAGAAGCACCUGGUAGGAGAUUUUCAAGUUUCUUCUCUGGGUAAGUACAAACAUAGUUGAAUGGUGUUUUGUUAAUUUUAACUUUCUUUCUCUGUUUUUUUGAUAAAAUUGUAGUUUAAUGAAGACAAACGCAUAUAAAUAAUAUUUGUAUCUUCAUCAAAUGGUAGUAAUUUGGCAGUUCACACUCUUUUUUCUGCUAUUCAAUUUAAUAUUUAGAUUUUGUCUUAUUUUGAUAUUCCAUCAUGAAGUUCUAGAAUUUAUCUUUAACUGGAAAGUGAUAGUGAGGUAGAUGGAUGGAUAUCAUAUGGUUAUCAAAUGUACUGCCACUGGAUCAGUUGGCUUUCUACAGAUUUUUGGAAAGAUUACAUUUUGACUUAUCCAUUCUAUAUAUCGUUUGGGAUUAGAUGGAAUUAAAUUAGAUUGGUGUUGUAAAACUUUCCAGAAUGGAUAUUAGUUAGAUGUAAACUUCAUUAAGGUUCCUUUGUGAAUACUGGUCUACUAUAACAUGCUGGAUACUACUGCCACAAUAAUCUCAACACUAGAGAGUGCUUCAUGAUAUGCAACUUAUGCUCUUUCCCUCCAGAUCAGUUGAUAUUUGAUAAAUAACUUAAACUCUUCGCAAUCCAACUAAAGCUUUCCCCAGCUUUGUUUUGACUUCUGUACUCUAAAGGAUUAACCAAAGAUUAUACACAGGUAAUCUUAACAUAAAUAUUUCUCUAAAUUCCAUGCAAUGAAAUAAUAGUUCAUGAGGCAGAAGAAAUGAACUUUUUUGCGAUUAUUGUAAGCCAUGGCAAGUCAUGGCCCUUUUGCAACAUGAUGUAAUGCUGCUUAUUGUUUAGUUAUGUUAUCCUCUAGUAAUUUUAGAUGAUAAAAGUGAUCAUCUAUGUAGGCUUUAGCACAUGGGCAGCAUUUGAGGUUUGCAAAGGCAGAUCUUACAUAAAAAAGGAAAGAGAAGAGAAUGCAUGCACCAUGCAAAGACUACAAGUGCAUAAGAGAGUAUAAUUAUUUUUUAAUUUGGCAUGAAGUAAAGUAGGAUUCGCCUGCAAUUCUUGUAUGGGCAUGUUUAUUAGUCUACUCGUGAUGCAGGAUGAGGGUAAGAAUCCCUCAUACUGUAGAAAAAGGGUCCAAAAAUAAUAAUCCAGCAAUCUUAGACAAAAUAGUAGUCUAGAUCAUUGAUGGUCCUAUGGUUUGUUAAAUCGGAAAAUAAUUCAAGGAUUUAUGGAUGGAAUAUGGGUAGAGCAAGCUUCUCAUAAGCUAUUCUUAGGGAAUCCAAACACUCUGAUACUUUCAAGUUUUAAACUUGAUGUAUCAGCAUAAAAUGUUACUGAUUUAUGCUUUGAGAGACUAAAUCUCCUUUUAAUUGGAUUCCAAUGGCUUGAAAACCCUAGUAGUUGGCAAACAUAGAUGUUCCUCUUAGUUUCCUACCAAAAGCUAAUUCAGAAGCACUUCUUUCGAUUGACUCAGCUAUUGAUGUAGAUGUUGGCUACUCACAGACAUGCUCAUAUCAUACAGAAUUUAUUGAAAAGCUAGAUGUUGGAUGUGCAGAUUUAGGAAACUAAGGUUCAGUGGGACACUCUUCCUGAGCAAAUAUUGCACCUUAGGUUAGAAUAAUAAAAUGGAGAGCUAUUGCUAUUGAUUGAGGGACUAUGAAAUCUGUUGCAUGUGGUCAUAUCAAUCCUGGAUUCCAGUGGUUUUAUUUUUGUGAAUUAUCAUGGGGAUCUGGUAAAAUUGUUUUAAGUUAGAUCUGAUUUAAUUAGAUUGCACUCCUGAAUUGAGAAGAUGUUCCUUGAUCAUCUGGUGUGAUAUUGUGUUCUUUCCUCCUUCCUCAUCCUUCUACCUUCUUUAUCAUUCUUGUUUUUCUGUCUUCAACUAUUUAGUCAACAUAGAGAUGGCUAUGGUUUUAACCCCCUUCUUAGACCUCUAUAAGAUGGCUUCUAUCCUCUUUAAUCAUUUUAUAUUUUGUCUUCUUACUUGUGAUGAUCAGCUUGUUGAAGUGUAUAGCCAUCGUAAGGCAUAUAAUUCUUGUCAAAUGUUCAUCUCCUUAACCAGAGGAGCAUUCAAUACACCUCAUAUUUGUAAUUAAUGACGUAGUGGUAGAGUUGGAGUAACAGUAUCCUCUUCAGUUCCCCCUAACCUAGUUGAGUGAAAUAUUUGUUUUUCUCCUUGGACUACAGAAUGAUGCUCUUGGAUCCUAGGUUCAUCUCUUAAUAGGUUGUGGCUCUCAUUGGUUUUCACUGGUUAAAUUUUCAUAAGUUUCCUUCUUUUAUUUUUUGUGAUUUUUUGGUCGGAUUAGGAUCUAAUUUUGCCCCAGUGCCCAGACUGUAUUUUUAUAUUGAUUUUAGGCUAGAAAACAUUUUCUAGUUUUAAAUUUACUUUGAAUUUUUUUCUUAAUAUGUGGUUCCAUUAGAAAUUUUUUUGUGCAUGUCAAUAGUGUGUGUUUUAAAUUCCAAGCAUAGGGAUAAUAAGGUUGAAAGUCAUGGUUGUGAAAGAGGAGCCUAUCAAAUGGUCUGAGUAUUGUUCUGCUGGAUUAUGAUGAAUUUGAAUGAUAAUGGUUUUUUCCCUUCUGUGGACAGGUGGACGUAGUCUAGGUAAGUCCGGUUUUUAUUUUUUUCAUAGUUAGUAUUGAGUACAUGACUAGGUUGGUUUAUUUAUUUUUUUAUUAGACUAGGUGGGUUUAUGUUUUGGUGGUUUAAUUGCUGCUAAAUCAUUGGACUAUGAUUAACAGAGGCAAGAUUACUAAAAAUUUUGAGAGUGAAAAAAAAGAAGAAAAUAUUAAAAAGUUGAGAGAAAUAAGAGUAGGUUGGGGAAUGAAGCUCUCUGUUCUUCCUCUCAACAGAUAAAUAAAAUUAGGUUAAGGAUAUCUGGAAUUAUUUCCUAUUAUUUUAAUUCAGUAGCUUGAUCUACUCUCCCACCUUAUCUGUUUAUUAUACAAAUCCAAGUGAGUUGUUCAGCAUACUGUUUACUUGAUUGGAAAACAUGGUUUUAUAGUAAGAAUUCACCCUUUUAGUUCAAAUGGUAGUGUCUCAACCUUUUCUCAUAAUGUUGUGACUGACACUAAUCUAUUUUGCACUAUUUUUUAAUAGAACUGGUGUUCUAAUCAAUUCAAUUUGAGUAACUUACUACAGUGCAUGAAAGAUGGCUGGUAAGAAACAAAGCAUGUCCACAGAUGCUGAUAUCCAUGCCCUGCCCAAGGAAUGGGAUGAUGUUUCCUGCCCUAUAUGUAUGGACCAUCCACAUAACGCUGUUCUCCUCCUGUGCAGCUCACAUGAGAUGGGUUGCAGAUCUUACAUCUGUGAUACAAGUUACAGGCAUGCAAAUUGCUUGGAUCGAUUUAAAAGAUUAGGUGCCAAUCUUCCAAACACCUCUUUGCAACCUAGUUCUUCAACCACAAACCAAUCUUAUUCUAGCAAUGCUUCCAUUGUAAACUUGGGCUUGAGAUUGGGAAUUGACUCGACAGAAGCUCAUGGAAAUGGAAACCCAAAUGAAGGCAAUGGUUUGCUGUCAGUUAGAAUUCCUAGAAGAUCUGGUGAAAAUAACAUCCAGGAUACAGAUGGGUAUUCAGCAAUCCAAAGGGGAGGCAUUUUUGAAACUGGGAAUGCUGAAUCCUUGGUGGAAGGGGUUGAACCUGAAGAGUUGAAUGCAGAGAAUUCGUCAGAGUUGAGUCUGAGCCUGACAUGUCCCUUGUGCCGAGGAGCUGUUUUAGGCUGGAAAGUUGUAGAAGAAGCCAGAGAAUCUCUCAACCUGAAGCCACGAAGUUGCUCACGAGAAUCAUGCUCGUUCUCUGGUAACUACCGUGAGUUACGUCGGCAUGCCAGAAGAGUUCACCCAACAACCCGUCCUGCUGAUAUUGACCCUUCAAGAGAGCGAUCCUGGCGACAUCUUGAGCACCAAAGGGAACAUGGUGACAUUAUCAGUGCCAUCCGCUCUGCUAUGCCAGGUGCAAUUGUGCUUGGGGACUAUGCUAUUGAGAGUGAGGAUAUGCUAGCUGGUGGGAGGGAAAGCGGCAAUGAAGAAGGUAAUGGGCCAUGGUGGACUACUUUCUUUUGGUUUCAGAUGAUUGGCUCAAUUAAUUCAGCUGCUGAGCCAAGGAGUCGAUCAAGGGCUUUGACAAGGCGUAGGCAGUCAGCAAGAGCAGCUCUAACACGGCGUCGGUUCCUUUGGGGGGAGAAUUUGUUGGGUCUGCAAGAUGAUGACGAUGUUGAUGAUGUGGGUGAAGAUGCCUCUCCUGUCCCAAGAAGGCGUCGACGUUUGAUGCGGUCAGAAUCCAACGAAGAUCAAUCAUGAGAGGUGUCCCCAUAUUCUGGAACUUUAUACAAUUCAUGAACAUGAAUUUACUGCAGGAAUUGCUUUUUUGGUCUUCAGCUGACCCAAUUGGUGUUUUUACCAUUAAUGUUCCAGUAAUGUGCAGAUUGCCUCCUAAUAAGGACUCUUUCUACUGAUUAAGAACCCACCCAUCAGCCUGGAGCAACUGAAGGAGCACAAGAAAGUUGUGUGGGGAUGAGUAAAUUUGGAUGCAAUUCAUGGUUUUCUUCACACAAAAAGGAAAGCAAAGAACACAGAAAAAUAUGCUUUGGUUUCAGAAUGAUUCUGAUUAGCUUUCAGAUUCUUAGUUCUAGAAACACAUAAAUUUCAUCUGCGACCAAAUUGAAUUUCUUCCUUGUGUUUCUGUUGUUGCUGUAUGGUGUACUGAAUCAUGUUACUGCUUAUAUCUGUCUUUAUCUUUAUUAUUUUAUAUAAAAGUAAUUGGAAUGUAAUUACUUGAAAAUGCAAAAUAUACUGAUGUAAAUGCUGUUGGUUUUCUGAAACCAUGGAAUUUAUUUAGAAACUGAUGUCUUGGUUGUGUAU